GCCUUGGAAGCGAAAAUAGAAGUGCUCGAGCAAUACAAGGAGAAAAUUGUUCAAGCAGUCGAAAAAUACAGACGCGAAGACACAGAGCUGUAUGAUGCAAUAAAAGAGACGUUUGAUGAACUGGAAUAA